CUGAUUUUUAAUUUGUUUAUUUUUUUUUUUUAUAUAGAAAAUUAUAAAAUACGCUGCUGCUAUUAAUUUAACAAAAUUUUAGUAUACAUUUGCAAUUUUCUUUCCAUUUAAUUAAUAUCUCUUAUUUGUUAUUAUUAUUUUUCUUUUUUUUAAUCGUAUUCAUAAAUAUAAAAAAUGUAUCAAAUAAAAGAAUAUUUUGAAAAUCCUAUAUUUGAUUUUUUGAGAAGAUUAAUUCCAAAGCGUGGUACUUGUGGCUGUACCUCAUUUUCAAAAGCUAAUUCCGUCUCUCUUACCUUAACAAUAUGUUUGGUUGUAUUUUCAAUGCUCUUGGUAAAUUAUUAUUUUGAGAGUUCCUAUUUGAAACGAAAAGAUAUACUUGAAGAAGAAAAAUUGCAAAGAGGAAAAACUGAUGAAGAAAUUGAAAAAAUAAGGGCGAUGAACGAGGCAGAAAUGACGCACGCAGUAUGGAUGUAAAAUUGAAUAGCCUUGAAAUGAUAUUCCCCGCAUCCAUUGAAAAUCAAACGGACAAGUGCCACAAAAGGAAUAGAAAAGAAGAAGAUCUUAGAGAGCAUAACCCCUUAAAUCGAAAAGUAAAUCGACUUUAUUGAUGUCAUAUUAGAAAAAUCAUGGUAAUCAAAAUUGUAGAAGCGAAAGUUUUUAAUGAAGCAUCCUAUUAA